ACAGGUUGGAUUGCAUCCCCGAGAUUGCUGAACCCGCCAGACUUGUGGUUAUUUGUGUAACUCUUUAUUAACCUUCAUCCUUGUGAGGUGGUUAAGCUUGUGCAUAAUUAAUAAGGAUGUUUUUGAAGUUUUAGACUUAAUUAGUUUAAUUACUUACAUAAUCUCGUUGUUGAGAUGAAGGAGACACUAGUUACCUCAUUAUUUUUCCCACCUGAAAUAAGUCAUUUGGGAGAAGCCAUUUUGAUUCUGGUCUUUUGUUCUUUUACCCGUAAUUUGAGCUCUAUGUCUAAAUGGCAUGUGUUCUUAUCUGUGAAUAAUUCUGACAGUGUUUUGAAGCUUAGGGUGACAGGGGUGAGUUUCCCGUGUUUAGGGAGUCUUGUUGGAGCCAUUUUUUGCACUAUUCAUAUGCCCCAAAUGGGGGUGAGCAGUCAGUUUAAUUUAUAUGAAUUUGAUAGCUCGAGGAUUGCAUUGUAGGCAUGAAUUCAGUUUUCUCAGGGUUUGUUUGCAAUCCAUUAAAAAAAAUGAUUUUGGCUUUUUUUUAAAGAAAAAAGUACUUAUUUUCCCAAACACUAUCAACUUUUACUUCCUCGGUUUUCGUGUAGAAUCUACUUUUUACUUUUUGUAUUACACAAAAAGCACUUAUUUUACCAAACACUACCAACUUUUACUACUAAUCACUUUUUCCCAAAAAGUGUUUUUAUUUAAGCACAAGUGGUUGCAAACAGAGCCUCAGUGAACUUUAAUUUUUAAUUUUACUUGGUCAGACCGAAAUUAGAAUGAGUAAUGUCUAACAAAAAUCUGAAAAAAAUUGGAAAAAUAAAAUAAUUAACGCUGCUAGACUUCUUUGCGAAAAAGGGAGCCAGUGAACCGGUCAAAAAGCGUAUGUGUUUGCACAAUAAGAUGAGACUUGAGAAUCUUUCGAAAGAUACAUCAUUCUUGUGCUAACAUGACAAAUAAAGAAAAACCAAACAUAAUCAAAUUUGGAUUUGCAGGCUUUUGCGAUUUUUGUAUUAGUCCUUCACAUACUUCAAGUGUACGUCAAAGAGUCAAUGUGCAACGAUGGUUUAACUUACUUGCACACCAUGUCUAUUUCCUACAUAGAAAUAGAUAAUAGUUCCUAUUAGGUGUCUUGCUGAAUUCUUUGCUCCUACGAAUAGCCCUAAAACCCCAGAAAAUAUUGAAUCGUUGUCAGGUUGUUCCAAACUCUAAAAAAAUGACCUUUUUCACCCAUCACCUUCACAAGUCUUUCGGAGCACGAGCAAAAGUAUUUGUGUGUGUUGUGUUUACUUCAAAGAUGUUUUGAUUAAUUUUUGUCAGUAAUUCUAAUCAGUGCAGAAAGAAGUUAUUUAUAGGAGAGUUCACAUGAGUUAAGUUUGACUUUUCUGUGAAUAUACUUUGACUACGUGUGUGCCCUAAUGUUGCUUGAUGUUGUGUGAUAAUAAUUAUUAUAAGUCCCAAUAUUCAGUUUGCUUAAGAACAACAAAGACUUAAGUGUGGGGACUUGAUAAGUCCAUAUUUCGACACAUAUUAAAAGCAUGUUGUGAUUGGUUUUUUAUAAGUUUUCCUAACUUAAUUAAAUGUGUCACAACGCGCUUAAUUAGCUCCAGUCACACUUUACCGGGUUUUCGGUUUGGGUUGGUUGUUUUUUAUAUAGAGUUAAGAUUAGGAUUUUGAUCCCAACAUUGGCAUUCCAGAGUUUUUUGUAAGGAUUUGAGUCAUGUUCGAGAGUUUUUGAGAGACAUCGAAAGUUCACCAGACGGCUAAGGAGCAAUUUAUGAGUCAAAAAAGUUCAAAGAAUGAGUUAAGGAUCGAUUGGAAGAACAUUGCUAAAGAAAAGAGCAACAAAACAGCCUAAAAGAGGUCUGCACGCCGUGCGCUUGAUGGGCACAUUACACGCCGUGCGGAAGGAUUAGAGAGCAUGCAAAUCGGUUUUCUAUCACGCAAGACAUGCAAGCUAGGCCGCGCGCCAUGUGCUUCAGAAUAUUCCCGUGGGAAGGUCCGCACGGCCGGACCAUGUGGAUAUCCGCACGGCAUGCGGACGGCUGAAGAUCUUAGGCACUGUUUUUUUACGGAUGUCUCCACAGUCAGCCGCACGGUGUGUGCUCGACCAUGUGCAACCCAGUUUUGGCCAUUUUUUGUUGUUUUCUAUAAAUUUAAGCUAUUUCCAUAUGUAAUUCAGGAUAAGAUUAUAGGACAAGAACCCUAUGAACUAGAUAUUCAUCAUUAAUUCAAGACUUUGAGAUUAUUUGUAAGUUUAUUCUUUCAAAUUAAUGACAAUUAUUCUUAAAUUACU